ACUUGGAUGCUGUCCGGAGUUUAAAAGUGGAUUUAUGUGGGACUUGCUUCAGAAUUACGGCAGAGAACCGCAAAAUAAACCAGGCCUAUGUGGGCUCCAUUAUAAACGCAGUUCAGUGGAAUUAGGGGAUUUAUCCUUGGGAUUUUCUAUUUAAAGUCAUUUUUGUUUCUUUUCCAUUCUCCCAUGCCCACUAUUGCUCAGAUUACGCACGAGGACACUGAUGUAAACUGUCAUGACAUUUUAACCGAAGUCAAAGCAAGUCAAGAAGCGCUUGUCCCAUAAUAAUCACAGUAGACAAUCUGUUGCUCAGCCGCUGGUGUCUGCUAGCAGCGCGAGGAGAAGCCCAUAUUACAGACACAUUUAGAGCCUCGCGCGCAGUGGAUCAAUAUGACGCUCGCGAUACAUAGUAGAUCUUGGCACUGACGGAUGCGUUGUCACGCGUAGGAGUCCAGAACCUUUCUCCAUCUCUCUCUCGUUUUUUUUCGGCACUCACCCUCCUCCUCCCAGCAUCCCUAAUAAGACACAUGCUCCUGGGCUGGGUUGCUCACUCACGUUAGGAUCUCCUGGCAAGCUCCCGCCACAAGCUUCCCUCUCCUCUCGGUUUCGCCCCAGGCUUCAUGGGUUGAAGGGCAGUUUGCGUUGUCCACAAGAUCUCAUCUCACCCAGGCUCUCCGCACCCAUACUUCAUCCUUCUCAUCUUCAUCGUGUUGAGUGCUAUGGUUUGUUCUGCAAAGAUGUUCGGACUUGCAGCGGCAGAGGCCUCAAGCCAAGGGUUCUGCGACCGGCUGUAGUCGACUCCAUUCCACCUGCCACAGCGUGAAAGGGGCCCCCUCAGCUGUGAUCUGUCUGCCUGCAGGCGGGACCCAGCGUGACUGGGCAGCAGGGACUAUGCGUUUGGGACUGGUGGCGCUGGCAGUGGUCUUCCUCAGCUCCAUGGGUCACGGCGAUAACCUCAAGGCCUCCAAAGCAAGAAGACAGAGACGGAUAAGCACUGAAGUACCACCAUCAUGCUCAAAUGGCUGCGAACACUGCUCAGAGUACAACGGCUGUCUUAAAUGUCGACCACGACUCUUCAUCCUACUGGAGCGGAAUGACAUCCGUCAGAUAGGCAUUUGCCUCGCUGCCUGUCCUGUUGGAUAUUAUGGCAUUCGAAAUCGGGAUAUGAACAAAUGCACACAAUGUAAAAUAGAAAACUGUGAGGCGUGUUUUAGCCGAAACUUUUGCACAAAAUGUAAGGAGGGCCUGUACUCACACAGAGGGCGGUGUUUCUCCAGCUGUCCUGAAGGAUUCACCGUCAAUGGCACCAUGGAGUGUGUAGUCCAAUGUGAUCUAAGUGAGUGGAGUCCAUGGGGCCCUUGCAUGAAGAAGAACAAAACAUGUGGCUUUAAAAAGGGUAACCAGACCCGUACCAGGGAGCCCGUACAGCUUCCAAGUCCUGCCACUUCCACAGGGGCCGCGCCGCCCUCAGGCUGCGUCCCAGAGACACAGACCCAGAGAUGUACUGUGCAGAAAAAGAUCCCUUGCAAAGAGACUGACACCCCUGCUGUCCCCGCGUUGAGAGAAACUGGGAGGGAAAAUAAGAAGAACCCACCGAACCGUGGAGAAAAAAAUGGCAAGAACCGUGGACGAGACUCCAAGGAAAAUGGCAAAGGAGGAAAAAAGAAAAAAAAGACCCCUAACCGGUCCACCACUGUCCCCACCAUUACAACAAGCAUGGUGACCUAACCUUAUUAUGGUGUCAGGUGAGCCUAAGAAAGGAGAAUUCCUGGCCCACCAUCAUUGACUGAAGACGAACAGUAUUGGAUUUUGACAUCAAAAUUAUGCAAGAGAAAAAAAAAAAAAAAAAAAAGGAAAAACGCUGCUACACGUAAAACAUGCUCAAUGAGAACUGGAGGAUUGCUGUACUAAAUAAUGAACUGUGUAAACUGAGCAAAGCUUGCAGGAACCAAGGAGCUGGGUUGGUUAGUCUCGUGCUAUUUGGAAGCACUCAGAAAGACUGUGCGUGUGCAGGGUCGUCUUUUUGUAAGCCUUCCCACAGGAAACAACAUUGUUUGUGGUUGGCGAAAUGUUCCAUAUGUUUCUCUUUAGAACUAUCAGAAAGGUUUCUGAACUAUAGAAGACACUGCAAAUGAGGCCCGCUGUCCUAAAAGAACAUGUAAAAUACAUACUCUUGUGAUUCACCUAAUCCAGCUGUAAUCACAUUCUUUUUCUCCAGAGUUGGAUUUCCUUAUGUUUGUGACAGGUAGCAAACAGUCUGGAGUCUGUCUGUGAGUCUGUCUCAGAGUGAAAAGUAUUUUUUAAUGUUUUUUUUCUGUUGUUUAUAACAAAAGAAGGCACUGGAACUGAUAUUGUGGUUUACAGAGAGAAUGUGGAGAAAGAUGAACUUAAAUGAUGAUGAAACUAUCCAAACAUGAAGAAAAAAAUGUGUUAUAUUAUAUACCUUGAGACAAACGCACUUAUAACUUGCAGCCGGUAGAGCGGAUUUACAUGUUUUAGUGGUCUAUGUAAAAUAAAAGUCUUUCGAUUAGGGGAAAAUACAGUAUUUUCUGCACAGAAGAAGGCAGCAAUAAUAUGAGGAAUGUACAAUGUUUAAGUAUGUGUAUGAAAGAUUGUGUGCGUGUGUCAGAUUGUGUGUUUUUGAAUCUGUGUUCUUGUGUGCACCUUUAUGUUGUAAAGCGAGGAGAAGAGAGAGGUCAACAGAAGUCUUCAGUACAUUUCUUGUGACCAAACCAGUGAGGAACUAAACCAGCAUAAUGCUUAAGCAGAAUUGAUUAUAUGCUUUAUAGGUUUUUCAUUGCUCAGUUAUCAUGUUUGCAACAGGUUCAAUAUAUCACAUCAUUCAUAAUGCUUCGCAACAUACAGUAUCAGUAUCAGAGGAAGGAAUGCUGUACAUCAUACAGUUAUUUAAAUGUAGCAUCCAGUCACACUUUUCUUAGUCUGUUUGCUUCCCACAGCAUCUUGGCUGCGUUUUCCAAAAGCGUUGCAAGCAUAAGUAGAUUGUUGAGUCCUGUGGUGCUAAUGGUUUCUACGAUAUAUUUAGGCUUACGAAGCUUUUGGGAAAUGCAGUGGGUAUUUACAAUAUACACCCCUAAUGAGAAUUAUAACACUGAAAAUGUCAGCUUCUGUUUAUCUUGAUGCAAUAUACAUAUUGUUAUCAUAUAUCUAUUUCAAUAAAAAUCUACAAGGUAAAUGCUUAAA